ACCAAACACACACACACACUAAAGAUUAGUUUUGUUUUUGGCUACCACAUUUAUUAAUGUAAUUUUUUAAUGAUUUUUCAAUGUUAUAAGAUUCAUAAUGGUUGUAUAGUUAUGAGCUUAAAGAAUAAACAUAGUAGUCAAAUGAUCCUUUCAACAAUUAUACGGUGAGUUGAUGUUUUCGUAAUGAUGUCAAAAUAAAGCCAAAUCAGUUAUUACAAGUUUAAAAUCAUACAUAGAGAACAUUAUGUAUCAAAAUUACCCUUAAGAUUUUUCAUGCAAUUGCUUGGGAUUGUACUUUGUUUUGCACUCAAGAUUCAUACUGUUUCUAGCAUAUACUAAGUAAUAAUUUAGCAUCUUACAUUGCAGGGUCAGGUGCUCAUGUCAGUAGGUCACUGAAGGCUUAAGCGGGAAAGGAAUAAGAAGAUACUGGACGGCAUUGUGUCCAGGUACAGGAAUGAUGGCGUCCCCCCACCAAAAGUGCUGUACACUGACAGAGAUUGCUGUGGCCGGCAGUGUGUAAGGAAGUACUUCGAUGCCUGGCCAUUCCUUCAUGUGAAACUUGGCAUAUGGCACUUCAUUCGAUGGUUUCCAAACGAAUGCACCACAGACAAACAUCAACUCUACUGACUCUUCAUGGCAAGGCUUAGUCCUUGCAUCUUUAAGAUUGAUGAAGACGACUAUGCUCGUCUGAUGAGGGCCAAGAGACAAGAACUUCUACUUCAGGGUGUUCCAAAUCCAUCCAAUAAUGACAUUAUUAAACAUAUCUCCCCGUAUGAAAUGAAUCGCCACUGCAAGCGUGCAACAAGAGGCACAAAAGAAACAACAAAACACAUCACAGACUUGAUUGCAUCAUUGGAAGGUGAAAGAGGUAAAUUUAUCAUUUUUUAUUUUAUGUGAUACAUUUAAUAUCCACAGGUCUUUAUAAUAAUGGUAGUCACUGUCCACGACAACUAAAUAAGUAUGUCGGACAGGUAGAGUGUAACAUUUCUUUGUCCAGUGGGACAAAUGAAAUUCUCAAGGCCAUUGAAUUUUAAAGAGGUUUUGUUGAUAGAUACAAUUCUUCAUUUAAUUAAGAUUUUAUGAAAAACCAUGUUGCACUAUCACUAGUCACUUUUUUCACCUGUGUAACAUAGUGGCACUUAUAGUUAAUUAAUUAUACAUGUUUUAAUUAUCUUAUUCGAUUUAUUUGAUUAUCAACUUUUAAUUAGUUUUAUUUGCAAACUUCAUUACUCAAUCAUAUGUCGAUAUUAUAUACAUUUCUUUGGAAUGUUGUCUCAUAAAAUUUGAAAGUUUAACUACAUAUACAUUACUGGCAGUGAAACAAAACCGUGUUAUUUGCCUACCAGCUGACAGAUGUUGUUUACUUCGAUUAUGAUAUUUCAAUAUUUAAGUACAGUUCGUCAAAUUAGACGUUAAAAUGACAAUUAAAUAUAAACCAUUUUAAUUGUUGUGAUGAGUGUUUAUCAAUAUAACAUUUGACCAAAAGUCAAAUUUGAAUAUGUAAACGUGCUUUUGAUUGGUUAUAGGGCGUAACAAAAGUUUGUUACACUAAAAGUGAUUGGCUACUUUGGUAUGUCAUUUAGCUGUCAUAAGCACGUGCAAAGUCAUUAUAAAAAGCAUUGCAUUGUUUUAACAGUGUUGAGUCUCUCGUAGUUCUGUUCUUGAAUUACUUAACUUAUGUUAAGGACAUUAAUUGAAUAAAUCACUAUACGAUCGUUUUCGUUUGUUAAUUAUUUUAAGAAUAACGUUACAUUAACUUAAAUAUUUUUGGUGCCGUGACCAGGAUCAAACCUCGGUUGGAGAAAAACUUUGACAGCACCCAUACUAAAGGUUGGUUUAUUUUCUUAGCAUUUUCUUAUUUACUUCAUUUAGCCAACUUUACUUUUAAAUUAGUAAUAAUUUAACUUGUUUUAUUUUACUUUUGAAAUUAAAAUUUUGAAAUAAAAAUGGCUGAAGCUGAGGAAGAUUUUCGUGAGGUUUUGAGGUUAUUAUCUGUCGAGAUGGGAUAUGUCUCUACAGCUUUCGUGGCACAGGGUAUUUCCCAAGUGGUAAGUAACUUUGAUGGCAGCCCAACAAACUACAGAGACUGGGUCAAAUCCAUUGAAAAAUACAGUAAGCUGGUAAACUUACCAGAUAACAAGAAAAAGCUUAUAGCGUAUCAAACAAGUAAAGGGGCUGUAUCAGGUUACAUUCAACGAUAUAUGACUGCCAAUCCUGACCACACUUGGGGACAAUUAAAGGAAGAAUUAGCUUUAAGAUUUUCAGACGUAACUGAUUCACAUCAUGCAAUGUCCUUGCCUAGGGGUCUUAAGCAAGGUCAUUACGAGAAUAUUCAAGUUUAUGCAGAAAAAUUGUUAUCAUUAGCAGAAAUUGCUUUUCAUGACCAGGGAGGGCCAAUAGUUGAGGGUCAAUUAAUAGACAUUUUUGUAGAUGGUCUGAAUAAUGAAGGGUUAAAAAUGACUAUAAUGAGAAGGGGUCCAGAUACUUUACAGGCGGCAAUUAGCUUGGCUACAACUGAGCAGAACUUGAAACAGAGAGUGAAUUUAGCAACUGGGUCUAAAAAACAUUAUGUUAACAAUGAUGUACCUCAGCCAAUGGAGGUAGACCAUUCCAGGACACUUAAGUGUUAUAAAUGUAAAAAGUUUGGCCAUAUGGCGAAACACUGCAAAUCAAUUCAUGAGGUUCAAAGAAAAAUAAAAUGUUGGCAUUGUGGACAAGAGGGGCAUAUUAUUAGAUUUUGUAAAAAUUAUGAUAAAGAUAAGAAACCAAACAUGGGUCAUGGUAGGAGACUGAAUGAUGAUUUAAACUAACAAGUUCUUCACAUGUUGAAGCCCAUGUGGAGAACAGUAAUGAUAACGAAUCAGAAAUUAAAACUUUUCACAUAAAUUUAACUGGUAAUCCAAAUUCAUGUUUAGUAAAGAUAUUAGGUCAUAAAUAUAGAACACUUGUUGAUACAGGAGCAGAAGUAUCCUUUGAUGCACAGAAGAGUUUAUGAUUCUUUAAAAACCAAACCAAAACUUAAACGUCAUAAUGUACAUCUCCAGAGUGCUGGUGGGGAUUCUUUAGAAAUUGAUGGGUCUAUCAAUAUAACUGUACAGAUCGGUGGUACCGAAAUGUCGCAAAUGUUCUAUGUUGUGCGAAAUCUUAAUAGAAAUUUAAUUUUAGGGACUGACUGGAGUUAGAAUAUAUUUUGAUUUAGGUAAUGACAAUUUUAUGUCAUCAGAUGAUGCCAUGUCAGUAAAUGAGAUGAAAUUAUCUAAAAACUUGAUUACUGUCAAGUUGAAAAGAAAACAAAAGAAAGUGAAUAAAGGUGGUUCAGAUCUCAAAAUGAAGAGAUUCUUUAAAGCACUUUCAGAUUUGUUUUAGGCUUCAAAUAUUUAGGAACAUUUAUUUUUAAGUUAUUACUUAAAGUUCCUCUUUCUUUUUAAUAUUUUUCAGGAUUUUUGUAACUUUACGUUGCAACAUGGAUUUAAAAAGCAUUUUGUUCAUUACAAUGAUUAGCCAUACCUUUGCUUUAAAGAUAAGCGAAAAUGUUGUAUUUGAUAAAGUAAAUGAAAUUUCAACCAGUAAUUCAAAAUGGUUGGUCACAUUUGUGCAUAUGAAAAGUUCCUACAUAAAAUAAACAACGAUUUAAAUAAUACGAAUGAAAUAUUAAAGGUAAUAACAAAUUAUUACCGUAAGACAAAUAACACAGGGUAUUCAUAUACUAAAUAUGACAGUUUACAUAAAGAAGUAGAUAUGAUAAAUGAAACAUUACUUGACAUCAAAAAUAAUUUUGAGGAUUAUAGAUCCAUAAGAUCAGAAAGUAGUCUAUCGAAACGUUCAUUAAUACCAGUUAUAGGUCAAAUAUCUUCCCUUUUGUUUGGAACAGUUUCAGAAAAAGACUUACAACAUAUAGAUAGAAAUAUACAAAUUCUUGCAGAAAAUCAAGAAAAAUUAAUUCAUGAUUUAGAACAAAGUAUUACUUUAUUAAAUUUGUCAAGGGUUCAGAUAUCAAAAAAUCCUAGAGCUAUAAUGGAUAUAAUCAUAUCCGUUCAAAAAUUAGAUAAAGCAAUUUAAAAUGUGAAGGAACAGUUUUCUAAAAGAAUUGCAAAUUUAGAACAGUUUUUAAAUACAUACUUUCAGUUCAAAUUGAUAAUUGAUGAAAUAAAACAAGCAAGUCAAGAUGCACUUUUGUAUCUCAGGAAUUUAAGGAAUGAAUUAGACAUUUUAUCUAUGAAUAAAUUAACACCAAGUACUAUUUCUCCAAAGGACUUGAAAAACUUAUUGUUAAAAAUAAAAGAACAAAUACCUAAAACAAUGAAGUUACCUGCAAACCCAAAGACAAAUAUUUGGUAUUUUUAUCACACUUUAAAUUGUAAUGUAUACCUUGAUGGUGAUUAGAUUUUGAUUGUCUUAACUGUUCCGUUAAUAGAUGUAAGAGAAAGUUAUGAAAUUUGUAAAAUAACAAGCUUACCUUUACCCUUGGAAAUGUUACUUUAAUCAAUGGUCAGUCAUCUAAUUUAUAAGCUCAAUACAGACUAGAAACAAAUGCAUUAAUGAUUGACAAAGCAAGAACAAAACACGUACUGUUAACACCAAAGGAAUUUCGGUAUUGUAGUCAGAAACAUCUUAAAUUUUGUUAUAUUAAUAACGCUGUUUACCCAAUUAACCUGAGUAAAACUUGUGUCAUAGCUUUAUUUUUGGAACAAGUUGAAAAGAUACUACAGUAUUGCAAAAGUGUUGUCAGCUUAAACAUGAAAUUGCCGUAUGCAAAGUAUUUACAUUCUAGGACUUGGGUAGUUGUUUCAGACCAUUCUCUGAAAUUUACAAUUGUUUGUCAAAAUCACACAACAGUUAUCUCAAUAAUACCGCCCAUGGGUGUUAUAAGGUUAAAUCCAGGAUGUAAAGCAUCUAGUGAUUUUUUUAGUAUAACGUCCUUUGACCAGAAAAGGGUUAGUUUUCAUAAUACAGAUUCCUUAGAUUUCCUCACAUACAAAAUUCACAAUUUUUCUAAAUUACUGUUAUGGUACAACUUUUCUAGGGAAUUUCCAAACAUAACACAAAUACAGUUGCCUGAAGAACUGAGACACUUGAAAGAAAUACCUAUGCCUUCAUUUAUGUAUCAUGUACAAAAGUAUAAAAAGAUUAAUGUAAAACAAAAGUCUCUGCCCGCUUGGGUGUACUUUGUAAUUGUUUGUUGCUGCAUUAUUAUUAUAUACAUCAUACGCAAAUAUUUUUGUAAAUGUAAUGCAUGUAAAGUAAUAGAAAAUAGGUUGGCUAAAUGUUGUAAGGGAGCAAAUCCUGAGGUCGUAGGGUCAGUGUCAUCAAACAAAGAUGAGAACGUUGUUAUCGAUUCUGGAAGGCAAUUAUCUUCCACACCUGACCGAGAAGAAGCGAAUAAAGUGGCUUCGUCAUUUUCGUUGAAGACGAAAGGAUUUUGUUAUUAAAAGAAUACAAACACUUUUUUGUUGUGCACGUGUGAUCAUUUGUAAAUAUAUUCAUUUUAAGUUGAAAAGUCUACUCGGGGUGUACUCUCAAAGGGAUCCCAGAUGAGUAGUGAAGAUACUUUUAAUUAAUAAGAAAAGUCUAUCCAGGGUUAACUCUCAAAGGAAUCCCACAUGGAUAGUGAAGAUUUUGUUAGGUUUUAUUAAGACUUUAUAUAGUGCACGUGAAUUAUUCGUAAAGAAAAACAAGUUAAUGUACACAUAUAAAACAUAAAUGGAUUUACUUUCAGAAUUUGAAUAUGGAUAAUUAUCAAGACUUGAUAAAACUAGUCGCAAAUACCUGUUCCGAAGAAAAUGAUGUCAAUACGGAAGACGAGGAUGAAAAUUUCGAAUUAAAUGAAAUAGUUCAUAUCAAUCGAUGUUUGACAAAACCUAUGGAUGUAGACAUUAUGCUAACAUAUUACAAAAAUGAUAAACCGAAAAUCGUUGAAGGAACCCUAAUUAACAUUGCAGAUAACAACAACAACUACAACAACAAACGUUAGAUGACGGAACCAUUCAACACCAUCGACGGCGGCAAACCAAUUGAAUCCAAUUUAACGAGGAACAUUAAAAAUAAUUAUUGUGUGCAGUUUUCAGGACAUUGAUUAAAAUUGAAUAUUUUAUUAUAUUUAUUUUUAAUAUAGGACUUUAAAAAAAAAGUUCAAGUGCAU